UCUCUCUUUCUCUCUCUCUCUCUCUCUCUCUCUCUCUCUCUCUCUCUCUCUCUCUCUCUCUCUCUCUCUCUGGUCUGGGACUGCUGCUGGAAGCUUUAAGGGGAAAGUGAGAGAGAGAGCAUGGGUGUCUGAGGCUGCUGGCGAGCUUCCCCUCCUGCACAACAACCAUGGCCACAGAAUCCUAUCUGGUGCAUGAAGAGGCGAGCCGAGGAGCCGGACUAGCGGAGUGCUUCCUCGUUCCAGACACUUACAGGGAUGAGUUCCAUCCCUUCAUCGAGGCGCUGCUGCCGCACGUGCGCGCCUUCUCCUACACCUGGUUCAACCUGCAGGCGCGCAAACGCAAGUACUUCAAGAAGCACGAGAAGCGCAUGUCCAAGGACGAGGAGCGUGCCGUCAAAGACGAGCUGCUGGGCGAGAAGCCCGAGAUCAAGCAGAAGUGGGCGUCUCGCCUGCUGGCCAAGCUCCGCAAGGACAUCCGGCCCGAGUUCCGCGAGGACUUUGUGCUCAGCGUGACGGGCAAGAAGCCGGCGUGCUGCGUGCUCUCCAACCCCGACCAGAAGGGCAAGAUGAGGCGCAUCGACUGCCUCCGACAGGCCGACAAGGUGUGGAGGCUCGACCUGGUCAUGGUCAUCCUGUUCAAGGGCAGCCCGCUGGAGAGCACGGACGGCGAGCGGCUGGUCAAGUCGCCCCAGUGCUCCAACCACACCCUCUGCGUCCAGCCGCACCACAUCGGCGUCUCCGUCAAAGAGCUGGACCUCUACCUGGCCUACUUCGUCCAAUCGCCAGAAUCAGGACAAUCAGACAGUUCCAGCCAGCAAGCAGACUCAGACAUCAAACCCCCACCAAACGGACAUUUGAGCUUCCAGGAUUGCUUUGUAACGUCGGGGGUUUGGAACGCAGCCGAACUAGUACGAGUGUCACAGACCCCGGUUGCCACGGCGUCAGGUCCUAAUUUUUCAUUGGCUGACCUGGAGAGUCCUGGUUACUACAACAUCAACCAAGUUGCCCUGGGCCGACGGUCCUUGACAUCACCGCCGUCUACCAGGGCCGAGGUGGAGUUGUACGCGAGUCUUCCUCGGAGCUCCACUAAGCGUAAGUCUAUAGAUGACAGUGAAAUGGACAGCCCAGUGGACGACGUAUUUUAUUCCACACGUUCUCCAGCUGGAACCAGUUCACAAUCCAGCGGCUGGCCCAACGAUGUGGACACAGUGCAGCACCACUUGGCGAGUGUUCAGGAGAGGAAGAUAAAACAUGAAAACGAUGGGGUGCAGUUUCCAUACCAUGGGCUGUCCUCUCCCGGGUCUCUAAAGAAGCCGUCGGGGAAAUUCGAUUUCGGCGCUCUGUCGGCUCAGACGAGGUCCCCCCGCAUGGCCUUCACACACCACCCACUGCCCAUGCUGGCGGGAGUGAGACCAGGAAGUCCCCGUGCCUCGGCCUCUGCCCUCCACUUCCCCUCUCCCUCCAUCAUUCAGCAGUCCAGCCCGUACUUCACCCACCCCACCAUCCGCUACCACCACCACCAGGACCCCCUCAAGGAGUUCGUCCAGUUCGUCUGCGCCGACGGCUCCACCCAGCCCGGCGCUCAGCCUAACGGGAGCGGUCAGAGUAAAAUGUCCGGCUCUUUCCUGCUGCCUCCACCUCCUCCGGUGGCGCGGCCGGUGCCCCUCCCCAUGCCCGACCCCAAACCCAGCCACACACACCCCGACGGGGGACUCGGCUCACCCACAUCACCCCCAUACUCCUCGCCAAGCCCCACAGCUCCCAACAGGUUUGUCGGCAUCGGAGCACGGGACAACUUUCUAAACAUCCCACAGCAGACACAGUCCUGGUUCCUUUGACAAGAUCCCUCUGAAACGUACAGACUCUAGUCUGUAGCUGAAACGGGAAACACAAAGCUAGGUAUGGACCGCGAUUAGCAUAUCACACACCUUAAUCAACUUAAACCUGCACGCCCCGCCCACUUCUCCAAAAAACACUUCAACAUAAGAGUCCCGUACUGAGGAAUCCAGAACGCUUCCACGAUCGAUUCUUCAGAAAGCCGGGAAACCUUUCACGUGAUUCUCUAAAACCCUGGAGAAUUUCCACAUUCGUCCUUCCAAACGCCUGAAACAAUUCCACAUGAUCCGUCAGCCUGGAAAACCUGGAAAACUGCUCAGAAUUCUACAAAUCUCUGCAGAAAAAAUCUGGAAAUCAACCACACAGACAGCACAGAAUCCAGGAUGUUUUUCGUGAAAAACGGAAAAUGUCUGAAAAGUAACUGUUUUGGAACAACAGAAACAAAAGAAAAUGACUUGAUUCCAUUUAGGAUGAAGAAAAAAAAGACGUUUCGCUCAAUUUUUUUGUAAUUUUAUCGAGGCAACCCGGAUAUGAUAUUGACCAAUUGUAUUUUUUCAUCCUUAUUUUUGUUAUUUUUUUGUUUUUGUUUGUUUUAAUCAUCCACCAAUCAAUCACACGGCACGGAGAUUCCAAGAGAUUCCUAGAGAUUUUAAGAGAUUCCUAGAGAUUUUAAGAGAUUCCUAGAGAUUCCAAGUUCACUCAGCCAAUCAGAGUUUAAGCUGAAGCUGAUUGGUGCAGAUUUCAUUAUUUCUCUACUUUUAGUCCAUUUUUUACAGCGAUUUAGUGAAUCAUCUCCAUGACAUCAUCUUUCAUCAUACUUUUUUUUUUUAACUCAUCAUCAACUCUCGACACCAUUCAUUCAGCUCUACUUGAUUGACCCUUGCACCUGAUUGGACGAGAAAUGCGUAAUUUUUGAUUUUGCUUGCUCUGGAUUGGCCAAUUGAUGCUGCGAAAGAUUGAGCCCCAAAAAUUGCGUUGUGUUGCUGAGUUUUGGUCACGUGACGACAGACUGACGGAAAGAAACGCAGCACUUGCGUAUGCACUAUUCAAAAAUAUAUGAAAUUUGAUAAGGGAUGAUUUUUAUGCGUGGGUUUAAAAACUGUGAUUAUUUUUGGCAGCAGGGCGAGCUGACUUACUGAUAAAACUCUUUAAAACUUAAAAAAAAAAAACUUUUUUUUUUUGGCACAGCACAAUAGGGUGGCCUUGGCACCGUCGCAUUAUUACACACACAAAUACAUACACAUAUACACACAUACACAAACACAUAUACACAAACAAAACACAGUUUUCUAGCAAUACCGAACAAUAAAGCACACACAACAUACAACUAAUCACCAAUCAAUCAGUUUAAGCUUAUCAUCUAAUUAUACAGUAAUAUCAAUAUUAGCAAUAGACUGAAGACAGUAGUGAUGGAUCAGUUCAAUUAGUAAAGUAAUGUAAGUCAUUCAGCCUUUAUAAAUGCAUGAACACAGCUAUGAACUGCAUAUAUGUAGCUAUGUGCUGAAAAAAAUCAGGUAUAAAAUCAGGUCAACUAAAAAUGAUAAGAAACAGAGCAUUGCAGAGGGAUUUUUGAGUUAACUCAACUUUUUUUAUUCAAAACUUCACAGAUGCAGCUGCUUUAAAAUCAGUUUCAGACCCGGGUCAACAUGUAAGGUUGACCAAUCUAAGAAGCAGUGGUAAAAAAUGUGAGUUCUGAGAAAUUUUGACGUAAAUAAAUUGAGUUAAAAUAAAAUUAUUUUAUACAUUUUAGCUGAUUUAAAAUCAAGUUCAGCUGAACCUCAUUUACUAAUCCUUUAAGGCUUGGCUUAGUGUAUUUUUUUAACCAAACCGAGAGGAAAGAAGUAAAAAAUGUGAGUUAUGAGAAAUUUUGAGGUACAUAAAUUGAGUUAACCUAAAAUGAUUUUAGCUGAUUUAAAAUCAAGUUCAGUUGAACCUCAUUUAACAAUCCUUUAAGGCUUGGCUUAGUGUAUUUUCAAACAAACCGAGAAGAAAGACGUAAAAAAUGUGAGUUAUGAGAACUUCUGGCGUACAUAAAUUGAGUUAACUCAAGUCUUUAUAAAUUUGAGCUGAUUUAAAACCAGUUUCAGCUGCAGCUCAUGUACUGUUUCUGAGGCUCACCUCAGUAUAUAUUGGUUCAGUUUGAAGAAUAUGAGUUGGGAGAGCUUUUGACUAAAAGUUGAGUUAACUCAAAAAUGCUUUCUUAAUUUCACCAAAAAGUGCAUUUUGCAGUUUCAGCUAUUUUAAAAUCCUGAGGUUGACCAAACUGAGAUACAGAAGUACAGAAUAGGAGUUAAUUAAUUUGAGUUAACUCAAUAAAUGAGUUGUUUGCUGCAGUUAUAAAGGCUUUAUAUGAGACUUACUGUUACAAUAUGUUUCAGUGCAUCAGUUUUAAUGCUACAAUUUUUAACUUUUAGAUUUUCUUCUCAAUUUGGUUUCAUUUAGUUUUACUAUAUAUUUUUUUGUUCUUAUCUUCAUAGACUAGUUUUAACAGGUUUCAGUUUUUUGUGACGUGGGUUUAUUACAGCUACAGGAUUCAGUGCAUGCAUUAGGUUUAACUUUUCACAUUAGAAAUACUGGUUUCUUUUAAAAUCAGCUCAGCAAUAUCAGUUUCAUAACUAACACUCCGUCACGUUCAUCAUCAGUGUUUCUGUGUUUCACUUUACACUCUGUUCUCUUCUGUUCUGCAUUUUCUCUUCACAACCAGAUAAAUCCACAUUAAACAUCCUCCAUAACAUACAGCCUGUCAUACACAAGGUAAAGCAUACAUAUAUACAUAUAUACACACGGAAUUGCACUAUGAAACUAUGAUAUACUUCUAAAAAAAAAUCCUUACAGCGAUCAAAGGGAAGAAUUUCAUUCAGUUCGACCCGUUUUAUAUUCAUUUUAUUCUGUUUUUUAAACCCUAACGUGAACAAACCAGCAACAGCAUUAAUAUCACUAUCAUCAUUAACCCUAAUAAACCCUUAAAAUAAACCCUAUAAUAAACACUACAUACACUCAAAAGUAGGGCUGUCACUGAUGAUUACGUUAAAACACCAGUAAAUCUACUAAUUUUACUCUAUAUGUCCGAAUAUAUUUGUGUACACCCCUUUUAAUAAAUGCAUUAACCUACUUUAAUCACUACUUAAGUGGCACCAGACAUCUCUGCAGCAGAAAAACAUGAACCUAUUGGUUGCCAUAGUCACCCAAUUCUUUAAGGAUGAGUUUGCGAUAAGUUUGGAUGAGGGGGGAUAAUGAGCUGAUCAUCCAACAUCCUGACCUCACCAACUCUUUGCUCUUGUUACUGGAUCUAAUAAUCUAAUAGAAAGUCUUCCCUGGACAGUAGAGGCAGUUACUCCAACAAAAUGAAUAGGUGUCCCAGUAAUUUUGUCCAUAUAGUGUUUUUCUCUGUUAGAUAAGUUCAUCCAUAGUUAAGUAGACUUACCAUAUAUAUACAAGUUUAUUAAGAGUGAAAUUAACAUGCAAAAUAAUAAAAAUACACUCUUUAAAAUAAAGGUGAUACAACCGGUUAUUUGAGUGAUGUUGUAAAAUAAAAUAAAUAAAAUAACCUCAAAAGAUGCUAAAAAUAUUUUUUUAUACCUCAAAUAAUGCAAAGAAAACAAGUUCAUAUUCAUAAAGCUUUAUAAAAAGUUCAGAAAUCAAUAUUUGGUGGCAUCUUGUCAUGCUCUCCUCCACCAGUCUUACACACUGCUUUUGGAUAACUUUAUGCUUCUCACUCCUGGUGCAAAUAUUCAAGCAGUUCAGUUUGGUUUGAUGGCUUGUGAUCAUCCAUCUUCCUCUUGAUUAUAUUCCAGAGGUUUUCUAUUUGGUAAAAACAAAGAAACUCAUCUUUUUUAAGUGCUCUCUUAUUUUUUUCCAGAGCUGAUAGCAGAUUUUUUUGGGCGGCAUCCCACAGGGCUCAGUUUUAGGGCUUCUGUAGUUGAUGGUUAAAUCGGGCUAAUUAUGGGAUACUGCAGUUAUGAGGGUAAAAAACAAAAAAAUGUGGGAGUAUGUACAUGUUUUAGGGACAUGUUCUUCCAUAUAUUUCUUUAACAAAAAUAGUUUUGUAGGACAUAAAAAAUUAUUAUUUUAUGGCAUCACUCAACAAAUCUUUUUGUAGCACCUUUAUUUUUUUAUUAUUUAGAGUGUAUAUAACACAAAUGGAUAUCGAUAAACUGUCUUCAAAUGUCCUCAAAAAGCUUAUUGUCUUACUCUAAAAGAGAACAAUAAGAGAAAUUAUUGCAAUAUUGCUCAAGAUUUGAGGUAAAUAUUAAACUUUUUUUUUAAUUUUGUUUUUUAAUUAAAUCAUCAUGACAGCCCUACUGUAUUUCCUAAUUCAGAGAAACACUACAUUCAUACACUUUACAUCACAUUUUCAAAAGAUCAAAAACACUGAUAUCUCAAAAUAACUGGACUGCCUAGCUGUCAGUCGGGUGUCAGGGAUUCCCAUUGGCCGAAACCAGCCCGAUACCACGCCCCCUUUCUUCCUUUCUUGGCUCUUCCACCACCUACCCACCUGCCCAAUGCAUCAAAGUGCCUCAGUAAAUACCCCCCCACCCCACCCCCUCUAUAUGCAACCUGCCCAGCAUUGAAUUCAGGGUGUGUACUCGUGUAUAAGCUACAGAAUCAGUGUACUAUAUAAUGUAUCAUGGCUUAGCAAGAACCAGAACAUAGGAGACUGGGAACACGGCAGUUUAUAAAUAUAUAAAUAUAUACUAUCCAGGCUUAAUAUCAAUAUGCUCGUACAUGCUGUAUAUAUAUAUGGAAAUAUGUAUAGUAGCUCUUCUUCUGUGAAAUACGGCAGUCUAGUUAUUUUUGGACGCUCUUCCUCCUCUUCCUCAGUAAAAAAAAUAAAAAUCAGUAAAAUCAUCUCAUCUCCGACCCCAUCUUCAUCAUAAUGAUAUGAGUUAUGACCACCGGGUCCAGGCCUGUAUGCUCCGCCCACAGACACGCCCACUUUCAUAGCAACUGUUGCUAGGGUGAACAAACCAGUUUUUUUUGUCCAAUGGUUUCAUCUUGGCUCCAGAAACUGUACAGUUUUGACUGCAAAUUAGCUGAUAAAUAUAAGUGUUUAUUGAUUAUUAUUAUUAUUAUUAUUAUUAUUAUUAUUAUUAUUAUUAUUAUUAUUAUUAGAUAAUAAUUAUAUUAUUAAACUAGACGUAGAGUCAAUGUAGCAGUUCAGAAAUCAGUAUAUGGUGGAAUGACCCUGGUUUUUAAUCACAGUUUUUAUUCAUGCAUCCUGGCAUCAUGUUCUCCUCCACCAGUCUUACACACUGCUUUUGGAUGACUUUAUGCUAAUCACUCCUGGUGUAAAAAUUCAAGCAGUUCAGUUUGGUUUGAUGGCUUGUGAUCAUCCAUCUUCCUCUUGAUUAUAUUCCAGAGGUUUUUAAUUUGGUAAAAUCAAAGAAACUCAUCAUUUUUAAGUCUCUUAAUUUUAGGAGCCAUGCAGAUCAGAAAAUCCACCAAUCAGAAAGCAUCUAUAGAUAUUAGAAUCUCUAUUUACAUAAAAACUUACAUGAAACAAUAUUUAUGCAAAUAUUCUGUAAGAAUUUAUCCAACCUAGCAACAGUAUCUAUGGAGGACUGCGUCUGUGGGCGGAGCUUGUAUUGGUAUUGUAUUCUUUUUUUGAGAAAAGUGAAAGUGUUAGUGCUUCAGAUAUGGAUAAAGAAAGAGGUGUUUGCAGACUGAGCCGUGUGCAAUGUGUGGGUAGAUACAGUAUCUGUUCGUGCGUAUCAGAAUUUUACGAAAGUAAAACUAGAAUAAAAUGGGUGUUUUUUCCUAAAGUCCACUCGUCCUGGACUCUAAACUCAAGGGCCAUUGAAAUGUUGUAAAAUGUUGGGGGAAUAUUAAUAAUAUUUUCCAUUUUACUAUUUUUUAAAAAUAAGGUUUUGUUUGCUAUCUUUAUUUUAUUUUUAUUUUUAUUUUUUUGGUUUGUUUUAAAACUGUUGGGGUGGGUGAAUGAAAAUGUUGUAAUUUUACAAAAAUGUAAAAACAAGUGUAUUAGAAUCCCAUCUUUGCGCUCGUUUUGUUCAUAUUAUAUAUAUGUAUAUGUAUAUAUAUAUAUACAUAUACAUAUAUAUAAUCACUGUUAAACAAAAGCCUUGUAUCUCAUUCUUUUGUUUGUUUAAAUCUGGAAGUUGUUUUUCACAUUAUGUCAGAAUUUUAUGAUGAAAUGAUCAAUAGAAAUGCUCCAAAAUGGCUUGGAACAUUUUUUUCUACAUUGACUUCCAUUGAAAGUUACUAUUUUGGAGAUACAAGUGGAGAUACAAGUCUUUGUGUGACAGAAUCAAUAUAUAUAUAUAUAUAUAUAUAUAUAUAUAUAUAUAUAUAUAUAUAUAUAUAUAUAUAUAUAUAUAUGUGAACAUUUCUUCUGACUACCAUAUGAAACAUUACUUCUUUUCUCGUUUUUGUAUCAAUCAGGGAGGGGUUCAUAUAUUUCUAGGUUGUGACAAAAGGCAUUUUAUUCAACCUUUAAGAAAUUAUAUAUAUUUAAAAAUAUAAAAUGAAAUCCUCAUAUAAAAUGAGGUCAACAGAAUGGAUGAUAUAGAGAUUUGACCACUUUUCAGCUUCAUAAAUGUCCUUAUUUUCCAUUUUUAUCUCAUUUACACCACAGAUUCACUUUAAAACUGGAGAUGUGAUGCGUCAAAAGUGAAUAGUCGCGUUUAUACCUACAGUAUAACUGAAAGAAAAGGUGUUUAGUUGUUGCCUUGGUCAUGAUGAAGUGUGAGAUGUGUUAACUGGAGCUCAGUAUUUGCUUGGUAGAAGUUUUUGUAGAGUUUGUAGGCAGUUCUUCUCAGUGCAGACGGGUUUGCGGACGAAAGCGAAUCACGAGUCACGAGUCACGAGUCAUGGAGAGUGAAUCAUGUUGAAAAAUGACUCUCAGACCAGGCGGUCCGUCCCCGAAUCCCCCGGCUCAUACGAAGUGAAGCCCACCCACCCCCCUGUAAAUGACCCCUCAUAGUGCUCGUGGCGUAGUGUUUAGUAGUAAGCAAGCAUUUAAAGGUUGUUCCCUUCAAAGUGCCUUUUGUUCACAGACUCCAUCUUGUAAAACAUGGAAAGUCCCAGUUCUUAAAAACAACAAAAAAAAAAAGACCUUCAUUUUUUCCUCGUCCCUUUUUUUCAAGCUUUUCGAAGCCGUAUAUAUAUAGUAUAUAGUAAUACAGGAAAUGGAUGUGAUUUAGUUCUUUUUAUUGUUCAAUACUGGAAAAAAAAUAAUCAAAGACAAAAAAAAUAUUCUGCUUCUUUCUGUGUUUCCACAGUGUCUUGCUCUCUUUCCCUCCUUUCUCUCUCAAUUUUUGCGUUAUAUGAGGAGUCGUCCAUCUUUUUAUCUUUUCACCCCGUCCUGUACCAACCUCCACAGUUUCUCCCCAAAUUUAUCCCUAAUUACCCAAUAAAUUUCUCUCCAGCUUCUCCACAACGUAUCCCUAAAUUCUCCUCAGUUUUUUCCAAAUGUCUUCCCAGUUUUUCACCAAUUUCUGUUCAGUUAUUCCACAAAACUUUUUAAUUUCUUCUGUUUUCCAACCUUUCCCUAAUUUAUCUCAAAAUUCUCUCUAAUUUCUUCCAAAUUUCUUCCCAAUUUUUCCUUAACUCCCCUUGUUUCUCUUCUUCAUAAUUUCCCCCCAAUUUCUUGCUAAUUUUCCCCCAGUUUCUUCCCAAAUUUAUCCCCAACUGCCCAUUAAAUUCCUCUAAAAUUCCUCUAAAAAUGUCUUCUCUUUUUUUCCCCCAAAUUCUUUUCAGUUAUUUCACAAUUACUCUCAAAUUUCUUUUAUUGUUCCCCAACCUUUCCCUAAUUUAUCUCUAAAUUCUCUUUAAUUUAUUCAAAAUUUCUUCCCAAUUUUUCCUUAAUACCCCGCAUUUCUCUUAAGUUUUUUCCCAAUUUGCUUUCCUCUUAAUUUUUCCCUAAUUGCUCUCCAAUUUCUCCUCAAUUUCUCCCGAGUUUCAUUUUAAUUUCACCUUAAGAGUUUCUCUCAAAUUUCUCCUGUUUCUUUCCAGUUUCUUCCCAGAUUUAUCCCCAAUAUCCCAUGAAAUUCCUCUAAAUUUCUCUCCAGUUUCACCCUAAUUUCUCCACAACUUAUCCCCAAAUUCGUCCCAAUUUUGCCACAAUUUAAACCUUUUCUCUAAUUUAUCUCUAAAUUCUCCCAAAUUUCUUUACAAUUUCUUGAAAAUCACUUCCCAAUUUCUCCUCAAUUCCCUGUUUCUCUCUAUUUUUCCCAAUUUGCUACCCUCUUAAUUUUGUCCCUAAUGGCUCUCCAAUUUUUCCUCAAUUUCUCCCAAGUUUCAUUUUAAUUUAACUUCAGUUUCUCUCAAUUAUUUCCCUAGUUUCUUUUCAUUUUCUUCCCAAAUUCAUUCCUAAUGUCCCAUAAAAUUCCUCUAAAAUUCUCUAAUUUCUCUUCAGUUUCUUCCUAAUUUCUUCCCAGUUUUCCCCCAAUUUCUUUUCAGUAAUUCCACAAUUACUCUCCAAUUUCUUAUAAUUUUUUCCACAUUUCUCUAACUUAUCUCCAAAUUUCUCCCCAGUUCCCCUCAAUUUCUUAAGUUUAUCCCUAAUUGCUCUCUGAUUUCUCCCAAGUUUUAUUUUAAUUUCACCCCAAUUUCUCCUCGGUUUCAAAUUUCCUCAAAUUUCUUCCUGUUUUCCUCCGUAACUUCUCCUCAGUUUCUCCUCACAUUCUCCCAUUUCUCAAUAACAGACGGGUUGUUAAAGAAGAAGAAAAACAAAUGCAAACCCCUUUAUUUUCUCCUCCUCAGCAAAGUACCCCCCUCCUGCCCCUCUCCCCUCCACAUUGUCUGUACGCUUCUUAUUGUUACGCCAUACCGAUCUUCUCUCCCAUUCUACUGCUUCUUCUCCAUUGUACUGCUAGUGUAAGUGAAAUGUGGCCAUUCGGGCUCUGUGGGGUCGGUCAGCUCUAGCUACAGUAAAAAAAACUGCCCAUAAAGGGGCUGAUCCUACAGGACAUGCCAGUGUAGUUAGAUGGGAUUUUUUUUUCUUUUUAAUGUUUUUAUUCUUUUUUUUUUUGCCUUGAAUGGGGCUUUGGGGAGGGUUUAGGAGGUACCAUAUCUUGUAAAUUAAUGGUGGGGAAACUGACCUGAAGCUUUGCUGGACGUGCUGAGCACCGGGCCAAAUUAUGCAGCUCGCGGUAUUUAAAGAAAUUUUUUCUAAUUUAUUUGUUUGUACUGAAAUUUUUGUACUUUAUUUGAAAUUGCUUUGAUGCUUUCUAUCAGGGUAUGGUCCAGAAGGUUCUCUCGAAGAGAAGAUCGGACCUUAAAACUUUAUAUAAAGCACCUUUGUAUUGUAGAGCAGCCAGGCUACUUUUACGAAACUGUUGAUCGAUGACUUGCUAUAUGAGCACCUUAUUGACAGACCUGUUAAACGUGGGGCAGGGUGCAUCGGACUUCAACGCACUUAAAGAAAAGCACAGAGGAGUAAAGUCUAAAAACUUUUACAAAGUGUAGAAAAUAAUUUUGGAAGUAUUGCUGUAAUUCAGUCAAAUCAAUGUCAGUAUUAACAGUGAAGAACAGGAGGGCCUUCUUUUAUAUAUAUAUAUAUAUAUAUAUAUAUAUAUAUAUAUAUAUAUAUAUAUAUAUAUAUAUAUAUAUGCAGAUUUUUUGUAGACAGGCACUGCAUUUGGGCUCCUGUAAUUAUAAAAUAAGACAUAUCCAUCCCUGAAGUCUGGUGCAUCGCACUGCCUCACCAGAUCUGUCUGUUUCUUGCUUUUUUAUUAUUACUAUUCUUCUUCUUAUUACUAUUUGUUUGCUUUCUUAUUGUUUGUGAGCUGCAGAGUCUUAGGCCUAGUGUAGUAGUAACCCUGCCUACAGAUUUCUACACCAUCCCACACCAGCAAAGCUGUGUGAUCUAUUGGUGUUCUAUUAGCGCCCCCUAGUGGACCCCGGUGUUCUGCACCUCCAGCAGCAGCAGCAGCUUUUAUUUUAUUUCAGCUAGCAGCCCCUCAGAGCCCACUGGCAAAUGUGCAUGUGUUAACUACAGAUUCCUUUCCAUUAUAAAGAAUAAAAAAAAAAACAGUUUGUAAAGAGCAGCAACUGGUUGAAUAAAUGAUGUUCUUGACUGUA